AACGUCAAGCGUGGCGCGUGAUCAGCUGGGACUGUGAAGAAAAGCUUUGGCAAGUCAAUUUAGAAAUGUUAUUGGUAAAUGUGAGAGGCGCUGCGUGAUUUUUCCUCAUACGAUAAAACUGUGAUGUGACCGAAGUAACGUUAACUGCCCAGAACUGACGCCCGCCGUCAAAAUCAAUUUACAGCAGAACCUCCAUCCACAUGCAUAACAAUGGACUCUAAUGGAGCAGCGUAAGAUGAGAUGAAGUCUGUGUGUUUUACGCAGUGAAAUCCGAGCAAAGCCAGAAUCGGAUAAAUGAACUCCAGUGAAGCAUCAGCUCAGCCAAAAGCACCUCAUGUCGUUUCUGGACUGCACCUGUAUCUCCUCCCACUCACAAGUCCAGUCCAUCAGCAUAGAGGAGCAGUAUGAAGACAUCAGCCAUCAGUGCUCGAGCAGUGAUGUCUCUCCGUGUUCUGUGUUGACGGAUGAAGAUGACAUCACAGAUCUUUCCACUGACCCCGCCCACUAUCAGCUGCUCUCACAAAUGGGCCGGGGCUUUAAUAACCUCAGUCAGGUGAGCAUGGCACGACACACACUGUCUGGCCGGCUGGUGGCGGUAAAAAACACUAACCUGGAUGAGUGUACAGAAGAUGAGCUGCUGCAGCUGAUGAAUGAGGUUCUGCUGUCCAGACUGUUCCGUCACCCAAACCUGCUGACGUCCAGACUGGUGUUCAGCUCGUGCUGUCAGCUCUGGGUGCUGUCUCCUCUCAUGAGCUACGGCUCUGCAGACUCUCUGCUCAGGUCGUAUUUUCCGGAUGGAAUGAGCGAGUCUCUGAUGGCGUACCUGCUGUACGGGGUGCUCCGAGCGCUGGAGUACCUGCAUCACAUGGGUUACGUGCACAGGGGUGUGAAGGCGAGUCAUGUGCUGCUGUCAGCUGAAGGCCGUGUGUGUUUGUCGGGGCUUCAGAGCGUGUACAGUCUGAUGAAGGAUGGCAAGAGGAUGAGAGCUGUGUUUGACAUGCCUCAGCACAGCCCGUCUCUGCUGCCCUGGCUGAGUCCUGAGCUGCUGCGACAGGAUCUUCAUGGCUAUGGAGUGAAAUCAGACAUCUACAGUCUGGGAAUCGUGGCGUGUGAGCUGGUCAGUGGCAGAGUGCCGUUCCAGGACAUGCCGCCCACUCUGAUGCUGCUUCAGAAGCUGCGGGGUUCUCACUGCUGUCUCCUCGACGUCCCUCCUUAUCCUCUCGGAGACAUGGGUGCGCUCAAGGUGUCCCGCUCCGGUGUGGAUUCGGGGAUCGGCGAGAGUGUUGCGACCGGAAGUCUGACCCGUACUGCCACAGCGGAGAGACCUCAAAGCCCCGCCCCCAAAAACCACUCGGCCACACUGCACAACCUGGUCCAACUGUGCCUGCAACAGCAGCCUGAGCGCAGGCCGUCUGCGACAGCUCUCCUCACCCAUCCCUUCUUCAGACAGGUGAAGAAACACACAAGGGACUCUUUCCUCAGUUUGAUGUAUCCAGCCAUGCCAGUGUCCUGUCCUCCAGACACGCCUCCAUCUGAAACCCCCACCCAGACCUGCAACACCCCGUCACCCACCCACCCUGAGCCCGAGGACGGCAUGUGGGAUUUCUCCUAAACCUCGCCGUCUGUUUCUGUCUCCAUCUCGUCUGUUUCUUGUCCAUUUCUCGAUGAAUAUAUUCCAUAAUAAUCCGUCCUAACCAGCAGCUAGAUUUGGUCGUUUUGCCGUUCACUUAGUUUGUAUUUAUGUCACAUGAUGCUAUGGUAGCCCCGCCCACAGUGAAAUCUCACUAAAUCCCAUCUCUAUAUGGACCAAAGUAUUGAUGACAUCAUCUUGCACUCAUGGGCGUGUCUACAUUUUUAGCCAAUCAAACAUCUGCCUAGACAUUUCCUGAUUAACAAGAGCAAGUAUAAACUCGUUAAUGUCUGUGACCUCAACUAAAAGCCUAUUAGUUUGGGCUGCACGAUUAAUCAAAAUAAAACUGAAUUUGUGAUACAGUGCGUUUAUGAAAUCUCAAAGGCUGCUUUUUAAUUUAUUAAAUGUAUAUCUUUCUUAAA